GGAGGAGGAGCACCGGGAGAUCUGACGCAGUGUUCGCUGCUGCUGCUUCACUUCCACCUCCUGCUUCCAGGAAGACCUUCAGCGGCUCGGAAAGCCUCAGAAACGGGUGGAUCCAGGCGGACAGAGACCCAGAGGACAGGUUCUGGGAGCGAUGCGGACGGCCGCGGUGACCCGAGGACAACCGCGGCUCCGGGGGUCCGGUUCGGGCAGAGAUCCGGAGCUGUAGCGGCUCUGAUCGGCUCUCAUUGUGCGCGGAGUGGCGCAGGAGGAGAGGAUGCCUCCGCUGACACGCCUCCCGUUCCCGUCGACGCUCCUCAUUAUUUCCCGACUCGAAGUGGCUCUUCUCUCCUCUCUGAGGGGGGGUUCGUUGAUUUCUGAGGGACUCCGUCCACCAUGCAGCCCGCUCCAUGAGAACUCUGAAUGAAAACAAGGAGCAGCAGGAGGAGGGGGGGUCGGGCUGCAGCGCCAUGGAGGACAAGGAGAACAAGCUGAAGACGGCCAGGUUGUGGAGGGAUGCCGCCCUCCGCUCCAGGAAGCUGCGGAGCAACCUGCGCCAGCUCACCCUCUGCUCCAAAAACAACCAGAUCGUCCUGCCAGAGGACAUAGCCGAGAUAGAGGCGCUGAACCUGGGGAACAACUCCCUGCAGGAGCUGCCGGACGGGCUGGGGUCCACCCUCAACAACCUGCGCAUCCUCAUCCUCCGCAGGAACAAGUUCAGCUCCGUUCCCCGGGGGGUGUUCGAGCUGGGCCAGCUGGUGGAGCUCGAUAUGAGCCACAACAGCCUGAGAAGCCUGUCUGAAGGCGUGGGUCAGCUGAAGGGGCUGAAGAAGCUGUGCAUCAGUCACAACAAAGUCCAGAGCCUGCCAGCUCAGAUUGGGCUGCUCCAGUCCCUGGAGGAGCUGGACAUCAGCUUCAACGACCUGCACAACCUCCCCAGAUCCUUCUCCGGCCUCCUCAGCCUGCGGACGCUAGAUGCAGACCACAACAAGCUGAACCAGUUCCCCCCUGAGAUCCUGGCCCUGAAGGAGCUGGAGGAGCUGGAUCUCUCCGGGAACAAGUUUGAGGUGUUACCAGCCGACAUCACGAGGCUGAAGUCCACCAAAAUCCUGUGGCUCAGCAGUCUUCACACGUCCUCCUUACCCGACACCUUCUGCCACCUGCACAGCCUGGAGAGCCUGAUGCUGGACGGGAACCACCUGAGUUCGCUGCCGCCUGCAUUCAGCUGCCUGCAGAGACUGAAAAUGAUCAAUUUAUCCUCCAAUGAGUUCCAGAACUUCCCCCAGGUUCUUCUAAGCAUCACAGGGUUGGAGGAACUUUACCUGAGCAGGAAUAAACUGACUCAUGUUCCAGAGGAGAUUGGUCAGCUGGUGAAGCUGGUCAACCUCUGGUUGGACAAUAACAGCAUCACACACCUGCCCGACUCCAUCGUGGAGCUGGAGAAGUUGGAGGAACUGGUUUUACAGGGUAACCAAAUAGCGAUUCUUCCAGAUCAUUUUGGGAAACUGUCUAAAGUGAACAUUUGGAAGGUGAAGGAUAACCCGCUCAUCCAGCCUCCCUACGAGGUGUGUAUGAAGGGCAUCCCUUACAUCGCCGUCUACCAGAAGGAGCUCGCCCAGUCGCAGCACGCCGUGAAGCCGCGGCUCAAACUGGUCCUGAUGGGGAUGAAGGCUGCUGGGAAAACCCGGCUGAGGCAGAGCUUGGUGAGCACCAAGCAGGACGUCCGAGGAGCCCAGGGAAGCAAAGGGAUCGAAGUCACCAACUGGGUGGCGGAUGCUGAUCGCCAUCUCACCUUCCUGGUGUUCGAUCUGUCAGGAAACCAAAACUACGACCUCAUCACUCCCUUUUUUCUGUCCCCCGGUGCUCUCUUCAUCCUUGUCCUCAAUCUCAAAACAUACUCACCCAAGAACUUCUACGCCCACGUGGGGUAUUUCCUCCACCUGCUCUGUGCCAAAGUCCCCCACGCCGUGGUGUGCUUGGUGGGCACCCACGCAGACCUGUGUUCGGAGGCGGAGCUGGAGGAGAAAACUCUGGACAUCCACCAGCAGAUUGGGCUGCAGGAGAAGAGGGACACCCAGACCCUGAGGAGCCUGGCUCAGCAGGUGGACCACGCCCUGGAGCAGGGCUUCAACGUCCGCACCUCCAGCCCUCACGUGCUGUUCUACGGUGUCAGCGACCGGAACCUGAGGCGGCGGAAAGCCCAGCUGCAGUACAUGCUGAACCACCGGCUGCAGAUCCUGUGCCCCGUCCUGAGCGUCAGCUGCACGGAGAUGCAGAGGAACAUCCGGCGGCUGCAGGAGAAGCUCAUGUCCGUCGCAGACCACCGGGACAUCUUCCCCAACCUCCACCGCGUGCUGCCCAAGUCCUGGCAGAUGCUGGAGGAGCUGCACUUUAAGUCCAAAGAUCUGUGGCUGUCGUGGUGGAACUCGGCCCGUUUGGGCCUCCAGGCGGGACUCACCGAGGACCGGCUGCAGAGCGCCUUGUCCUACCUGCACGAGAGCGGGAAGCUGCUCUACUUUGAGGACAGUUUGACCCUGAAGGAGUACGUUUUCCACAACCUUCCACGCUUCAUCGCAAUUCUGAAUGUCUUCUUCCAGAGGGACGAGUCCACUCUGUUGGACCGCCUGCUGUCCGAGGGGGAGAGGGGGGACAAGGGGAGGGUGAGUCUGGUUAUAGAAGACGAGAAGGGCGAGAACCUCAGGGUCACCCACCUGCAGCACCACGUUGAGGACUUCCUCCAGCACGGCCUUCUGCCCUCCAAUGUGAUCCGGCUGCUCCUGAGGCCGCUUAUCCAGACCCAGCAGGACCUCCACCUCAUCAUGGAGCUCCUGGAGAAGAUGGGGGUCUGCUACUGUAUCAACAAACCCCGUAGCAAGCCCCUGAACGGAGCCACGGUCUGGUACAAGUUCCCCAGCUAUGUCAGCAGCCAGGAAGCACGGGUGGAGGCUACUGCCGGAGGCAGCGCUCUCCCCGUCAGUCCCCUCUUCUCCGUGGAGCAGCUCCACGUCCAGUACAGCUUCCCCUUCCUGUUCCCCCCCGGCCUGUUCGCCCGCUUCAGCGUGCAGAUCAACGGCCAUGUGGUCCAGCGCUCGGACAGCAGGGAUCAGAUCUUGGCCUAUCGGGGGAAGGUCCCGGUGGUGAUCAGCCACCGGCCGUCCAGGGGGAAGCUGCAGGAGGAGACGCUGUCCAUCGCCAGCCACGCCUCGUUGCCCAACAUGUGGACUGCGUGGCAGGCCGUCACGCCGCUGGUGGAGGAGCUGAACGCGCUGCUGCAGGAGUGGCCUGGCCUGCACUACUCCGUCUACAUCCUCUGCUCCAAGUGCCUCAAGAGAGGGUCGUCAAGCCCACACGCCUUCCCAGGUGAACUGCUGAGCCAGCCGCGACCUGACGGUCUGACCGAGAUCAUCUGUCCAAAGAACGGCUCGGAGCGGGUCAACGUGGCUCUGGUUUACCCCCCGACUCCCACCGCCACCAGCCCCAAGUGACCUGCUGACCCCCAACGCCUCACCCUGCUCGUCCCCUCCACCUCCUCCGCCAGACUCCUCCUCCUCCUCCGCCAGACUCCUCCUCCUCCAUCACCUGACCCCUCCUCCUUCACCUGACCCCUCCUCCUUCACCUGACCCC